ACAACCUACCAGCGCCUUUAGGAAAGCUUUGGAAAUGUUGACACAGGAGAGAAGAUGCUUGAUUUCACCGAGAGUACAUUCUGAGUAGCGCAGUAAAAUAUCAUGCUCACACACGCCUCCCUUGAUGUUGUCAUGUCACAGCUUUUUUUUACCAGAACUUGAUGGUCUAUUUCUUUUUCUUUUCUGUCCUGUAGUCUGUGGUUCAUGACUCAGGACAUAUGCACUUUUGGUGUAAGCCAGUUAAAUGCCACGGAAGGGUCAGACCGAGUGUGUCUGCAAAACUCUUUGACUGAACUCAAACGGCUUAAGUUCAGGAAGACACGAGUUGUGGUGUCUCAACUGGCUCCCAUAUAUACACGCCAGUGCCUCAUUUAUAUUUAAAUGUGGCUUUCUCUCCGUCUCUGCUCGGUCGCAGACGACACAAAAGGCCUGGGCCACUAAUGGAGAUGGAAUGCAUAAUUGAGUCUUUGUUCUCUGUUCAAACACCUGUUAGCGCUGAUGCAGUUGUGAAAGCCUGCCAACGUGCUUUUGUGCUGCACUGUGUGCUAUAAUGCGCCCACCCUCCGGCCACACAUCAGGAUGUACGCCUCUGUGUGCACUUUUCUCGGCGCCAACUUUCUCGACUUUUGUUCCUCCAACUCUCUCUCUCUUUCUAUCUCUCUCUCAUGAAGCCCCCCCCCACCACCACCACCGCCCCUGACUCCCUUUGUGUGUGUUCUGUUGCUCAAGAAGAGGAAGUAGCUCCUCUCUCCUGUGUCAAAUGCAAAGUGUCACUUCAAGUGUCCCUGUGGGUCCAUGGCGUUCACCUCCUCGCCCCUCCAACCCCCAUUGUAAUAAAACCUAGCAAUUUGUGUUUCAUUAUGUGUGGGGCACAGACUAAACUAGAAGCAGAAAUUCUUUCAUGGCCCAUCAAUAUUCUCUCAUUAAGUAUGAGAGCAAGAUGACACCUUAAAAGGCCUGAUGUGAAAGACCGAGAGUUGAAUAGUGUUGAAGAGGCUCUCUAGCCUGAGCAAAGGGGUGUUGCUACUGUUCAGUAAAGAUAGUUUCUCUGUCCCCAUAUAAUUAAUGAAGUUUGUGUAAUUCUCAUUCUUAGGAGUUGAUCCAGCUUGUGUUGCGGAGGGAGUUGGUACAGUGUCCUCCAAUUUUUUAAAUGCUAUCUCUCGCUAACUCCUAUUCUCUGUCUCUCUCUCUCUCUCUCUCACUUUCUAUUUUUUUCUCUGACUUUCCCCGCUCUUAACCCAGAUCACUGUGUACAUCUGUGUUGUUGAAAUUUGACUGAAUAGUCUGCAGAGAGCUUUUUUUAGAGUUUUGUUCGGUCCAAGAUUAUUUUUUUAUCAAUCCAAUUCUUACGCAAGGAGUCUAAAUGGGUGUAGUGUGAGAUCUGGGCGACUGAUAGCGCUGCACCUUCUGCAGGAUGUGCACAGUGAUCAGUGGGCUGAUAGGCCUCCGUGCGUGCUGGAGUUCCACUAAUAAUCACUGAACCAUGUCUUCUCCCCCCUGAUGUCUAAGCAUGCAUGAGGUUCUGAGGUGGUCUGUUUUGUGUCUUUGUGUUUGUUUUGUGUGUUUGUUCUUUUGCUGUGUUCUCUUGCUGCUAAUCAGAACACACUGGACUGCAUGCAGUCCAAGGUACGUGAGCUGGAGGACAAAUGCCGCAGCCAGAGCGAGCAGUUCGGCAUGCUCUCGCAGGAGCUGGAGAAGUUCCGGCUGCAGGCCUCCAAGGUGGACCUGGACAGCUCGGGCUUGCUGUCCCACCCCAGCCUCACCCACCUGACCAACGGGCUCCCGGGGGAGACAGGCGCUAGUGAUGCAGAGGUGAUGCUUUCUCUCGGUGAUAUUGCCUUCUGGACUCUGGAGGGGACAGAUGUUCCCCCCUGUGCCGCUGCGGAACAGGUGGACGUGGAGGCUGUGCUGCGGGCCGGCUCCACUCCACACGCGGCAGGUCUGGCGGGGUUUGCCAGGCUGGAACGCUCCCCCACCACCAAGCACCGCGAGCUGCCCACCAUCAGCGCCAAGUCCGCCUCCACCUCCAGCACCACCAAGUCCGACACCACCCACCUCACGCCCGGGUCCCGGCCACACAGUCCACGCAAAGCUAGUCCCACCCACGAGGUGGACACUGCCAGUGAGGUAGAGGAGUUGGAUAUAGAUGUGUCUCCCAUUCCCUAUUCUGCAAGCAGAGGGGCUGCCAAACUACAGGUCUUCAUUGCCAGAUACAGCUAUAACCCUUACGAUGGCCCGAAUGAUAACCCAGAGGUGGAGCUCCCACUCACAGCAGGAGAGUACAUCUAUGUGUAUGGGGAUAUGGAUGACGAUGGCUUCUAUGAAGGUGAGCUGAUGGAUGGACGGAGAGGGCUGGUCCCCUCCAACUUCGUGGAGCGUGUGUCGGACGACGACGUCAUGAGUGCCCAGGCCCACGAGGCCGGUGAUCUGUCCCACAAUUCCUUCCAGGACAGUAGCCUGCACAGCGGCAGUGAGCGCUUCCAGCCCUCACACCACCACCAUGUGCGCUUCGGCCCCACCACCACCACCACCACCACCUCGGAGCGGACCGACACGUCGGCCGCGUCCUCAGCCUCCGUCCCCAACCCCGCCGUGGGCAAGACUGCCCCCGCAGCCCCGGCCCUCACCAUCCCCAUCACCAACGGCCUGGACCUUGACCUGGAGGAGGUGGACGUAGUGCCUUACCCACGCAAGCUCACCCUCAUCAAGCAGCUGGCCAAGAGCAUCAUCAUCGGAUGGGAGCCUCCUGUGGUGCCGGCCGGCUGGGGCGCCGUGUGGAGCUACAACGUCUUCGUGGACCAGGAACUGCGGCUCAACGUGCCGUUCGGCUCCCAGACCAAAGCCGUGCUGGAGCGCCUGGACGUGGCGGCCAAGGCGUACCGCGUGUCCGUGCAGAGCCUGACCGAGCGCGGCAACUCGGACCAGGUGCGCUGCAGCCUGCUGGUGGGCCGCGAUGUGUGCGUGGCGCCGUCGCAGCUGCGCGCCGAGCGCGUCACCGCCACCUCUGCCACGCUGGUGUGGCUGCCCAGCAACAGCAACUUUGUGCACAUCGUGUCCUUGAACGAGGAGGAGUGCGAGCUGGUCAAGGCCGGCUGCUACUCGCUGUGCCUCAGCAACCUCACGCCCAACCUGCAGUACCGCGUCAAGGUGGAGGCGCGGCCGCACCGCACGCCCUGGGAGCUGCCGCAGGAGAGUCGCGAGCGCAAGACCGCCGUCACCACCUUCCACACGCUCACCGCCGGGCCCCCUGAUGCCCCUCUGGACGUGCAGCUGGAGCAGGGGCCUUCUCCGGGGAUCGCCAACGUCAGCUGGCUGCCGGUCACCAUCGAUGCUGCUGGAACCUCCAAUGGGGUCUCCGUCACAGGCUACACCAUCUACGCAGACAAGAAGAAGGUGUUGGAGGUGUCGUCCCCCACGGCGGGCAGUGCCCUGCUGGGCCCGUCUCAGAUCCAGGCGGUGAAGGCGGCUCAGGAGCUCACCGUGCGCACCAUGUCCCCGCACGGCGAGUCCUCCGACUCUGUGCCCGUCAACGUCCAGGCCAAACUCGCUGCCAUCAUGGCAGGCCCUGUGCCCCCAAGUCUACCUGUGCCAGUCCUGGCAGCCGCCACCGCUGUGCCCACCUCGCCCGCCGUGUCGCCCUGCCUCACCAACUCGCCUGCCAAAAUGCCAGCGCUGCCCUACAGCUUGCCGCCAGACGCACACACAUUGGUCCCCGGCGGGGGGGCCUAUGCCAACUCUCCCAAAGCCAUCACCGCGAAUGCCCCCCUGCCCGCCGGCUCCUACAUGGAGGCCUGGGCAAACCCUCACAUGUCUGUUGCCCCCAUGUCAUUGGCCAUGCAGCAGCAGCAGCAGCAGCAGCAGCAACAGCAACAGCAUCAUCAGCAGCAGCAGCAGCAGCAACAUCUGCAGCGGCAUCAGCAGCAUCCUCCAGCGUUACCACCGUCUGCCAUGAACAACCCAGCGGUCUACGUACCGCAGGUGAGUGCGGCCUUACCCGGCAGCAUCUCCGCAGCGCUGGAGCCCCACCGAGAGACAGAGAGCCCUGCUCCCGCGUCCCCCCGCCCCGUAGUGUCCAUCUCCGACUACCUGGAGGACCCCAGUGCCAAGCUCCACCAGCACGAGCCCUACCACGUGCCCAUGCCUCGAAUGCAGGCGCCGGACACGGACUCCCUUAACCCCCCGGAGACGCACCCCAUGCGGCCGCCCAACCCGUCCCCGUUCGAGUCGGAGACUGAGGAGGACCUGGAGAACACGCGGCUGGUGUCCAUUGAGGAGUUCCUGGGCCACGGGAGGCCUGCCGCAAGACACCAGGGUUACGGUGGCGGUCUGGUGGAACCAACCAUUGACUACCAGCUAGAGAACAGCCGAGGCUCUGACCUGUCCGACAUCCUGGAGGAGGAGGAGGAGGACCUGUACUCAGAGUCCAUCGCAGACGUGCAGGGCAGGGGCUACAGCAUAGCUGGCAGGGAUGCCACAGGCAGAGACCAGUCAUUGGCAGAGCCCCCGCUGUCCCGCUCUGAAGCCAGGCAGAUGAAAGAGGUCGAAGAGGCAGGGAGGCAGAUCGGGGAGAACACAGUGAGGGUUUUCGUGGCCCUCUUCCCGUACGACCCUGUCAGCAUGUCACCUAAUCCUGACGCGGUAGAGGAGGAGCUUCCCUUCCGAGAGGGGCAGAUCAUCAAGGUGUAUGGAGACAAAGAUGCGGAUGGCUUCUUCCGCGGCGAGUGUAAUGGUCGGAUGGGCUACGUCCCGUGCAACAUGGUAUCCGAGAUCCAGGUGGACGACAUGGAGACACGCGACCAGCUGCUGGCCCAGGGCUUCCUCACCACCGAGGCAUCAAUGGAUAAGAUAGGCACCACUCGCUCACACGCACAGCUUCCACGCCGCCCUGUUCCACCGCCGAAACCUAGACGAUCCAAGAAAGUGGAAUCGGCCGGAGUGUGGGAUGACAGCUCUGUGGUUGACUCGUCCAGUCAAGAUCGGAGCCAAUCAGGAGCUGCCACUGGCAACCCAGCACCACGUAGAAUGGUGGCCAUCUUUGACUAUGAUCCACGAGAAAGCUCUCCCAAUACAGACAUAGAGGCGGAGUUGACCUUCAGUGCUGGGGACAUCAUCUAUGUGUUUGGUGACAUGGAUGCCGAUGGCUUCUUCUAUGGAGACCUGAACGGACACAAAGGCCUGGUCCCGUCCAACUUCCUCCAGCCCUUCCCUGAGACCACAGAUGAGUUGGGUGGGGCUGCAGUGAUGGACCACCUUGUAGUGAUGGACGCUAGGAGAGACCCGGUGAGGGAGGGCGUGCCCCAGGAGCAGCAGGACCUGGCGGGGGACAUUGAACCAGACAGGACCAGGCUGCCUGAACCAGAACCCGACCCAGACCCAGACCCAGAGCCCACCCUAGGACCACUCCCCGAGACACAGGCCAGCCCCAGCUGUGCCCCUACCCCGACCACAGCCUCCGACAGCCCCCUGCUCACUGACCCGUCCUCCCCCUUGGGCAAAAAGAAGAAGGGCUUCUUCUCCAAAGGAAAGAAGCUAUUUAAAAAGCUGGGAUCCAGCAAGAAGGAGUGAGCGCUGGGACUGUUCAGGCUUUUUUGUUUGUUUCUAUCCUCCCCAUACAGGAAGCACUUUUUUAUGUUGGUUAGUCUCAAAUUAAUCUUAUUUAAUUGUAAUAUGUAUUAUACUAUAAGACUAGUUUCACUGUGGUAGGCUCUCCUAGAUGGAGGUUUCCUAAGAAUAUAUAACAUACUGUAACACAAUACUUGGGAUAACAUCACCUUAAGAAUCAGCUGCACCCUGCAUGGCUCCAAAGUGUCCCAUUAUAAGACACUAGAUUAAACAAGAGUAGUACACACUGGAAAGUUAUUUGUUUAGGUGCAGCAAUGGGCUUAAAACACUAGAUUAACACUACAAACGCAUCCUUUGCAGGUCCAUUUUGAAGAGUCUGAAUAUAACAAAAACACAGUGCAGCAUAAAUGUCUGUUAACCUUUUCCUAAAGUGAAUACGCUGCGGACCCAGUCAGAGCCAUCUGUGGGUGUUAGACGCUAAUGACAUUAUGCAGCUUAUGCUCUAAGGAAGACAAAACUCAUGGCUGUCUUCGCUGUCACAAGUAAAUAUUUAUCUCACAUUUUCACGCUUUUUCCUCUUUCUGACACAAGGGACCAUAGGAAAAUGGCCCAUGCUCUCAGUAAAAUGUAAACCCUAAAACAGUGUGCUUGGCCAGAAUGAUGGACGUGUGUUAGAGGAUACUGGUGAAUGUUGCGUGAGCGUGAAAGCUCCACGCAAGUUUUGUGAACAAUCUUGUGAGCGUGUGCAAGCUUGAGAAGUUUAGCUUUGCCUGUUUUCAGAUGUUGUCUCGGAACUCGUACUUGAGUGGUUUCUUUUCUUUUUUUUGUGGUGCGGACAAGCGUUUUUGUGUUUGUUACGGUAAACUUGUGUGUUUGUGUGUGUGAAUGUGAGUUUGCACUUAUGAGACUUAUGAGUGUGUAUAUGUGGGACGAUGUUGCAGUGGUCUGCCUUGAGCCUGUCUUUUUUUGUUUGUGAAAAUAUCUGUUACUUUUAUUCUUUUGCUUUACCUCCGUUUUAGGAGUGAUCGAGUUAUUUUUAAGUAUUCUACACAAACUCCUACUUAUUCAAUAACGCUAGGGGCUACACAUUUGUCAUACAAACAGUGAAUGACAAAAACACACAGAUGGUUAUAGGACCAUGGACUAAAGAAAUGUGAGUGUAGCCAAACUGUUUGUUCAUUGGUACCACCACUACAGUAUGCAGUAAUUGUUCUUUUUGGAUUUUUUUUGUUUUGUUUAUUUGUUGUUGUUUAUUUUUCUGUGUGUUUUAUUAUUACAGGGCUCAUGUGAACUUCUCAGGUUUAACGUGUAGUUUAUCAGCUUUGUAUGUUAAGCUGUGGCUGUUUGAACCGCAGGAUACGAUUCUUGCCAAAUCAUUAGGUGCUCAGCAUGUUACUAUGACAAGUAGACACCUACCAUCAAACACCAGCCAAUAAGUGGGAGUGGGUCAAAGCACGACUGACUUCUGAGAAUCAGCCAGACAUGGGUGUUAUCAGUAACUUUCAAAAAGGUUUAUUGUUACUGAAAGUUAAAAUGACUGAACUUGAGAAACUCCUGCAAUAGAACCUAAAUGGAGGUCAAAAUUGCCAAGGACCUUACCAACGCAGUCUUGGUUGAGCUUUGAGUAGAGGGAGAGUCAGAGGUCAUCUGAAAACUUUGCUGAAUUGUACAGUCACUCGCAACAUAUCCCUCGAUGGCCUUUAGUCAACCUGCACUUCCUUUGCUGCGCUGUAGGCAAUAGUGUUAACCAUUAGUGAUGCUGCUGCAAGCUUCAGAAACGCACAGACCUGGUCUGCCCACUACCCAUAGCCCUCGCCAGUCCAGCUCUGCAGUUUAACUAGAAGAUUACCGCAGCAGCACUCUAGAUUACCAGCUGUAAUGUUUAGCCUUAUAAGACGUUGUUUAGUCUUAAUUUGUUGUUUACACUGUUGUACUUGUACUGACUGCAUGCAUAAUGACUUUUAUGCCCAUGUUUGGCCUUAUGGAUUUAUUUAUAUAUUUAUAGAUUGACCAGGCAUUUUGUUUUGCAGUGUUUUUUUUGUAGUAUUUUUGAGGGUGUUAGUACAUGCAGAGGAGGCCUAGUAUGUUUAGAUUGAAACUGCAGAAGGCCGGUCUGUAUAUAAUGUACAGUGUUUUGGUCCCAAUCAGUGUCACGGCUCUGACUUUGUGGUAUGAUAUUUUUUUCAUACAGCGAGAGACUUUAUUCUUUUGUCCGUCCAAGCAAAGCUUGUUUCCAUUUUUUUGUACAUUGAGGUUUUUAUUACCAAUUCUUUUUUCGACGCUUGUAAAUACAAUUUUUUGUUGUUAAUGUUCUCAGAUUUGUCUUUUUUGCAUGAUACAGCAGUGUUUUGAUUGAGGAGAAAUAACAUCCGUGGUUGGACUCCUGAGAGUCCUCAACUUGAAAGUGCAGAGAUUGUUUUCAUCUUUCAAUAUGGACCUUUUUACUAAAAUAAAAGUCUAUUUUCACAUAAAAUAUCA